CACCAUUUCUAUCACCUUCACAUCACGUCUUUAAACAGCAUUUGUACACCAAUAUAUUGGAUAUCUCUCUGGUGCCAGAGAAAGAUGUCAACCCCCAAGGCAUCUGCGUUUGCAGAGCUCUUGCAAACAUCAUUGAGUUCUCGAACCGUUUAUGUCAGAUGCAUCCCAGCUCCUGUGAACUUCUACGAACGUCGAGCCAUGCUGCGUGUGAUUCAGAAGAUCACACAUGAGACAGUAGAGACAUUCAAGAAGCUUGAAGAUAAUUCCUCCUUUGUUGUAGUCACCACCAAGCCAGGCACUGCUACUGCUCUAGUCAACGAUUCUCCCUUCCAACGUGUUAUACUGUCGCAAGACUCAAAUGCUUAUCCUGCACCCACCAACACUUCGUGGGGUGGUGAAUAUGACCUGCGAGGAUCUAUAGCCACUCCCAUCGAUCCACUUCCACUCUCCAAAGUGGCCAGGGCUACGCCGGCAUUAUCAGACUUAGGCAUAUCCUACAAGACCUUCACUUUGCACAUGUUCGCCGCCAAUAGAACAUACAACCACCGGGAUGCGAUUACCAAAAACCCGCUUCAUGGGCCAUGGCCUCCAAAUGACAGCGACGAGACCUUCGUAUCUGCUGCUUUGCGCAGAAUUAUACCGUCAGGUGCAAUGGCGCCAGCAUUACGAGAUUGGCAUACCGCCAACCAGCUAUCGCGUGACAAUACAAGUUUCGCAGAGGAGCGCAUGGAAGGGGCUGCGGCCGUCCUACUUAAAAAGAAGCGCCUAGCCCCAAAAGAAAUAUUUUAUCUAGAACGCCUCAGGGCACGCCAGAAGGAACAGGAAAUACCUGCUGUUAUGAAAAGUUUGAUUGCUUUUGCCGACGGGAAAAUCCAUGAUGCUUCGCCCCUCGACGCUUUCUCUAACUCACGAAUGUCGAAUAAUACAUCUGAUAAUACGCUUACGAAUGAUAGCAGCGAGCCAUCAGUAAAGAAUGGCGCAACUGAGAAUAGUAGUAUUUCAGACCCAGAAGAAUCCUCGGCAGACUUGAAAUCUUAAGAUGGCCCAUCCGACAUAUGCUCCUUGCGCCAACUAGGAGACACAAAUUUGACUUGCAAUUGAGCCAAAUGUCAAUUUGGUCGAGAUGAUCCAGUACAUGCAUAGGUAUCUAUGCGCUCGCUAAACCGCAAGCGACGACAGGAUUCACCUUCACCACUAGGAACACAAUACUCGGGAAUGCCUGCCUAGGUGGCCAGCGUCUUAAGAUGCGACGAGGUUCCUUCUAAAUUUCAGUUAUCUGAAAUUGAGUAUUCCUACAACGUAUACUCAGUCGGUUACAUGGAAAGCCGAAGAAGAGAUGAAAACUUGGCACGUUUUGAGUUCUUAACUCCUAUGCGAUACAUAGUACAUGCAGGCCUCGAAGCAUAACUGCCUAAGGUUAGGGUACUAGGUAUUGAAUUCUUGGGAUGCCAAGAUCGAAUGCCGAAGUUUGUAUGUAAAACCGACGCGGAGCAUUACCUACGAGAAGUCGAGUACCCUAACCUAGUAUGUAGGUCUACGCACCUCCAGGGGCCGGCAUGGAUAUUAAAUCUAACUUGAAUACAAUCAACAUCGAAUGUUGUUGCCACGAUUGGUUGCAUGGUACAUGGUAUAUGUAGGUAACAUAUAGCAACAACGUGUUUCCGUCAU